UAUAGAUCUGGUGUGGACUGUCUUUUCCUGAGACUGUAAACACUUGUGCAGAAUGUCCGAGAACAAGAAAAAAGGGAAAGGAAAGAGCAAAAAGAACAAAGAAGGGAAAAAAGGGGAAAGAGAACCUGACCCAGGAAAAGCUGUCCCUCCCAAACUGAAGAAACUGAAAAGCCCAAAUGUUCAUGUCGGUGAAAAGAUUUCACUGAAAUGUGAGGCGACUGCUGGAAACCCUCAGCCAUCCUACAAAUGGUUUAAAGAUGGCAAAGAGCUGAAGAAGAGCAAAGACAUCCGGAUCAAGUAUGGGAAUGGGAAAAAGAUUUCCAGACUGCAGUUCAACAAGGUGAAGCUGGAAGAUGCUGGGGAGUACAGCUGCGAAGCGGAGAACGUUUUAGGGAAAGACACCGCAAAAGGCAGCCUGAAUGUGAAAAGUGGAACAACGAAAGCACCACAAGUCUUACCAGCCUCAGAAACUAAAAUAGUUGUUAUGGAAGAAGAGUUAACCACAACUCUCUCCUCCUGGUCCGGGCAUGCUAGAAAAUGCAAUGAAACAGCCAAGUCCUAUUGUGUCAAUGGUGGUGUAUGCUACUACAUCGAGGGGAUUAAUCAGCUGUCUUGCAAGUGUCCAAUCGAAUUCACGGGAGACCGGUGUCAGCAUUUCGCAAUGGUCAGCUUCUCCAAGCAUCUUGGAUUUGAAUUAAAGGAAGCAGAAGAGCUCUACCAGAAGAGAGUUUUAACCAUCACGGGAAUCUGUGUUGCCUUGCUUGUGGUGGGCAUCGUCUGUGUGGUAGCUUACUGUAAAACCAAGAAACAAAGAAAACAAAUGCAUAAUCACUUACGGCAGAACAUGUGCCCUGCCCAUCAGAACAGAAGCCUUGCAAACGGGCCAAGCCAUCCGCGUUUGGAUCCUGAGGAAAUCCAAAUGGCCGAUUAUAUUUCUAAGAAUGUUUCUGCCACCGAGCAUGUGAUCCGAAGGGAAACAGAGACGACCUUUUCGGGAAGUCACUCCUGCUCCCCAUCUCAUCACUGCUCCACAGCCACUCCAACGUCCAGCCAGAGACAUGAAAGCCACACCUGGAGCUUGGAGCGGACAGAGAGUCUGACUUCAGAUUCCCAGUCUGGGAUAAUGCUGUCCUCGGUGGGAACCAGUAAAUGCAACAGCCCUGCAUGCGUGGAGGCACGGGCUCGCCGUGGGGCCGCCUUCUGCAUCGAGGACUCGCGGAGGCCCAUGACACAAUAUCGUGACUCAGUGGAUUCUCUGCGGGACUCACCGCACAGCGAGAGGUACGUGUCAGCCCUGACCACACCAGCACGCCUGUCGCCUGUUGACUUCCACUACUCAAUGGCCACGCAGGUGCCCACCUUUGAGAUCACCUCCCCCAACUCAGCGCAUGCCGUAUCCCUGCCGCCGGCGGCCCCCAUCAGCUUCCGUGUGGAGGAACAGCAGCCCCUUCUACGGCGGUACCAGCUCCCCUUCCAGGACACGCAGAGGUACGACAGCUACUACCAAAGGAAGACCUACCUAAAUGACAGCAUGGGGAGCCUGCCCUCCAGCCCCUUCCGCAUCACGGAGGACGACGAGUACGAGACGACGCAGGAGUAUGUCACAGCGCUAGAGCAGCCAAAGAAAACAGCCAGCAGCAACAGGCGGUGGAAAAAAUCCAAACUGAAUGGGCACAUCCCUCACAGAGCCAGAGCCGUCCGGGACUCCUUCUCCUUGAGCAGCGCCUCUUACAGCGAGUCUGACGAGGAGCUGGUGGCCGAGAGCACCCCGUUCCUAAGCACUCAGAACAAUGAGGCAGUGCACACAGAGUCGCCGCCGCUCCACCGGCCAGGCGACAGCCGGACUCACUACUCCUGCAGCAGACACAGCACUCACGGGGAGAGUGGGCCCAGCAGCCUGGCGCAUACAACACCCAAACCGGACCCAGAUCCUCUCUAGGCGCCUCUCAGACUCACGCGCCCACAGACGUAACCCGCAUGGAGGAGGCUGAGGAGGGAGACGAGACAAAACAAAACAAAAAUAAAUAUUUUUAUUUUAUAUAAAAGAGGGAAAAAAUAUAACAAAUAAAAUGUUUUAUUUUCAUUUUAGCAAAGUUGUCUUAUAAUAGCUAACGACAAUGACUUUUUUAUAGGGAAACUCUAUUUAUAUGUAAUGUCUUGAUUUACAGCUUCCGAGAAAAAAGAAUAAAAAAAAAAAAAAAAAAGAAAAGAAAACAAUAAAGUUUAAAAAAAGUGGGCCAAUUUUUGACUACUUAAAAAUAGAAAACAAAACUAUCGUGGUGCCUUUUGCUGUAUGCUAGUGCUGGGAUUCAUGCCGAGGAUUCUGUUUCAGUAGCAUUUUUAAGAUCAUAGAUUUUUGUUUGGGAGACAUCCUGUCACAAGGGCGCUCUUCUGUUGGAAGAAAACAGCCUCGCCACUUUGCCCCGUACCCUGCUAUUAAUGAUGUUAUUCUUUAAGGUAUCAUUUAAACAUACAUCAAGGACAUGAGUGGGAGCAUUUCCAUUAUCAUGUCUAAUGGGGAUCUGUCUUGCCCUGUAAAAUACUUGUACUUAAAUCAGGAGUAAAAGAAACCCAACAGCACCAUACUGAAAUGCAGAAAUAAUGUUUCUUUUGCCACACAGGUAGGAAGAGAAAAUGAAAUCACACAGCAGCAGCAGCCCUUACAAUAUAGCUCUCAACCUUUGGCCAUUUCACUUGUGGGUCUGAAGUUGGGUUGUCAGAGGUUUGGAGUCAAGGCAGACACCCGUAGGAAUGUGGUGAAAUAAUACCCUGCUAGGUAUACGGUUGAAUCAGUUCACUGAAGCCAGCCCUGGCAGGCAGACGGCACUACAUGGUGGUCCCACCAGAGCGGUCUCCAUUGCCAUACUGGUGCCGUGCUGGCCGCGGCAUCACCUUGACCAAGCAGCGUAGCUGCGGCGCGGCGUUGGCCAUGGUGCCGUGUGCCAUGAUGCUGUAGGGCUGCUGGGGCCGUGGUGUCCCAUGUGCCAUGCUUGGCCAUGGCUCUGGCAGUGCUGGGAGGACGCCCAGAGGGCUGCCCCGCCGUGCAGCGUGGCUGCGCCUUGCCCUGGAUGCUGUACCAGGUGGCUGCCAGCCACUCUGCCUCAGGGUUUGAUGGGAGUCUGACUGAGCACUUCUGGCCCCCCUUGUCACCCCUGCGUUGGCCGGGAAGGGCCCUGUGUGGGGCAACCCAGGGAGCGGAUUCUUCUGUACUGCUGUGCCAUAUAUUGUAAAGACAGUUGUUACCGUCACGUCUUGCUAUUGAUGAUGGACGUUGUGUUUCCAAACUCGGAGCGGCUCUGGCCAUCAGCUCUGUGGCUCAAAGAGACAGUCCUGCGUGUCCAGGCAGCAGAGCAUCCCCCAUGGAAGUGCCCCUCUCUCCUCAGUUCUCUGCAGCAAACCUGUUUACAUUGUAGCCUGACUUUUUUCUUUUUAUAUUUUUACUUCUGCAUGUCCUUUGCAUUUCAGAUACUGUAGAUUGGAUGCAUGGUGAAGCUGUGACUGAGAAGAUAAUACAACAAUUGACAGUGUAUUUCAUUUAACUUUUAGCAAUAAAGUAACUAAACCCUCUAUUCCUCACCCAUGAUGGGGUCAGAUAGAAAACUCUGCUAAUUUGUCAUAAGAUGAUUGUCAAAGUUUGCUCUGGAUUGUCUGAAUGUCAGAACUCUCGACUGUUUAACACUUGAACAUUUUUUAUAUUAUAAAUAAAAUAAGAAAGAACAAG